CCUCCCUCAGUGUAUUCUAUUUUUCUUCCACCCUCAGAGCCUACAUAGAAAUGGCCGACGCUGCUUCCGGCUCGACAGAGAGAUCUGUUCAGGUGAAGCUAGUGCUCCUCGGCGAGGCCGCCGUUGGGAAGUCGUCUAUCGUGCUGCGAUUCGUCUCGAACGAGUUCCAGCCAAACAAGGAGCCUACGAUUGGCGCGGCUUUCCUCACGCAGAAGUGCCGCUUGGAAGACCGUGUGCUGCGAUAUGAGAUCUGGGACACAGCGGGCCAGGAACGUUUCCACUCCCUUGCACCCAUGUACUACCGUAACGCGCAAGCCGCAGUAGUUGUAUACGACGUCACGAAGGCAUCUAGUCUUGAGAAGGCGAAGACGUGGGUGAAGGAGCUCCAGCGGCAAGCAAACCCGAACAUCGUUAUCGCUCUCGCAGGCAACAAGAUUGAUCUCGUCACGCCCUCCGCAUCUUCCUCAUCUGCUGCCGCUGAGUCCGAGGAUGAGGCCGACGACGCAACCGCGACCCCUGGCGAGACGGCCACCUCGGGCGAGCCCGAGAGCCUCCGGCAGGUGCCUAGGGACGAAGCCGAGGCGUACGCGCAGGAGGCUGGGUUGCUGUUCUUUGAGACGUCCGCAAAGACCGGCGAGGGCGUUGUAGAGAUCUUCACUGAGAUUGCCAAGAAGAUUCCUAUCGACCAGAUCUUAGUUUCGAGCCGCGGCGGACAGCGCCCCGGUGCUGCUUCCGGCCGUGCUGCUCAGGAGGGCGGUGUCAACUUGGAGGAGAAUAACGCGAAGGGCAAGGAUGCGUGCAAUUGCUGAUUGUGUGGCGGUCUUCUCCUUAUCAAAGCAGAGAUGCGCUUCCCCUCACGCUCCUCUCACCCAGGGCGUCACGAGCUUAAUGCCCCCUUUACAGUAUUACUUACCCCUCCGCGUUCCCUUUUCAUGCCUGUCUGAUCUAUAUGGCCUUUCCCCGUACAUGUAUUUGCUGUCGUAUUGGAGCGGUAUUGGACUGACAUAUCAUACCUUGAUGUUGUCUACAUCUCUUUAUGCCAUGUGUGACAUGUUGACGAUGCACACUGCUUAUUCACGUGGCGUAUCUCGCG